UCCUGACAUGAAAAUGAAGGUGGGCCUGGAAGAGGAGCCAUGGGCCCCCAUUUGCCAGGGUCCUGAGGGACGAGGUGCCUCCCUAGUUGCCUGUUCAGUGUUUUCUAAUGUGGUGAUAAAACUGGAACCAGAAGAUGACUCAUGCCUGCCAGAUCAGCCAUGGUUUGAGGGAAAGGAGACUUUUUCAGCUGCCAGCAAGGGCACUGGGUUUGUAAAAGAGGAAGAUAAUCUCCCUCCAAAAGACACUUCUCAAGCAGAAUCAAAUGAGAUAUUUAUUGGAACUGACAGUAUCUUUCAGCAUCCCAAGAUGGCAGAUCAACGUGGAGAGAAAAAACAAAAAGAAAAUUCCCUCAGAAAUAGAAUGAAAACGCUUUUAUCAUAUAGAGGAGCAGGCAAAGAAAUCGAGGAAGCUAAAAUGCAAAAGACUGUAUUUGGGGGAAAAAACAACCUUGGUGCACAUAAAAGAAAAUGUAUGGAGGAUACACUUCAUCAGUGUUCCCACUGUGAGAAAACUUUCUGUAAGAAAUUUCUCCUUAUCGCUCAUGAAAAAUCUCAUACAGAGGAAAAACCAUAUAAAUGUUUAGUCUGUGGGAGAAGUUUUAGUCGAAGGUCAAAUCUUGUUGAGCAUGAAAAAAGCCACACAGGAGUAAAACAGCAUGGAUGCUUAGUCUGUGGUAAAAACUUCAAUAGAAGAUACCAUCUUGAGGCACACAUGAGAAUUCACACAGGAGAAAAGCCAUAUAAAUGCUCAGAUUGUGGGAAGAGUUUCAGUUGGAAAACUUACCUUAUUGUCCACAGGAGAAACCAUACAGGAGAGAAGCCGUUUAGAUGCUCAGUCUGUGGGAAAAGCUUCAGUCAGAGUUCACACCUUUCUGGUCAUGAAAGAAGUCACAGAGGUGAAAAACCAUACCCAUGCUCAGCUUGUGGGAAAACUUUUGGUAAAAGCUCACAGCUUCGUGUCCAUGAGCGAAUUCACACUGGUGAGAAACCAUACAAAUGCUCAGUCUGUGGGAAAAGUUUUAGGCAUAAAUCAAGUGUGGUUACACACAGGAGGAUUCAUAUGAAAGAAAGUCCGUCUGUGCCCUCCAUUUUUCCCACCAGCUUUAGAUGUGAAAAUAUACAGGAAGAUGAAAAUCCAUAUACAUGCUCAGUCUGUGGAAAAACCUUUGGUAAUAAAUCAAUCCUUAGUACCCAUGAGCUGAUCCAUACAGGAGAAAAACCAUAUACAUGCUCAGUCUGUGGUAAAAACUUCACUCAGAAAUCAUCUGUUAUAAGACAUGAAAAAGUUCAUUCACCAAAGAAGCAAUAUAAAUGCUCAGUCUGCAGUAAAAACUUCAGUGGUAAAAUGCAUCUAGUUAAGCACACAAGAGCCCAUUCGCGAGAAAACACACACAAAUGUUCUACCUGUGGUAGCAGCUUCAAUCAAAGAUCAGACCUUAUUGUACAUGAAAAAAUUCACACAGGAGUCAAACCAUAUACAUGUUCAAUCUGUGGGAAAAGUUUCAACCAAAGAUCUCAGUAUAGCCAGCAUGCUAGAGUUCAUAAAGAAGGAAAACCACAUAUGUGUUCAUUCUGUGGUAAAUGCUUCAACCGCCAAUCUUACUUCAUCAGGCACGAAAAAAGUCACACACAAGAGAAACCAUAUGCAUGCUCUUUGUGCGGUGAAAACUUCAGCUGCAGGACCCACCUUAUAACACACAAGAGGAGUCACAGAGGAGCUGUACCAUUAGCAUGCUCAGUCUGUGGUAAGAGUUUCAGUUGUAAAGCACACCUUGCUGUUCAUGAGAGAAUUCACACAGGAGAGAAACCCCAUUCAUGUUCUGUCUGUGGUAAAAGUUUCGCUCAAAGGUCAAAUUUGACUUGUCAUGAAAGAAUCCACAGAGAAAAGAAAAAUGUCUCAUGUCUUCCUAAAUAACACAAGGACAAAGAACUUCCACAGCCAGCAACAUGUACUGGUUAGACUAGAGGAUGAGAUUAGAACCCGAUUCAAAUCCUCACUCUCCCAAGGAAGCUUGCUGUAUGAC